AUGAGCGCAGACGAAGGCGGAGGUACAGCUUCCAUUCCGGCCACAAAUGGCGACCUCCAUGCUACCACUCCCGAUCCGCCCUCGUUGGCGACACCCGCCAAGCGAAAGCGUGUAUCAAGUCACGAUGACAAGGUCACUCAAGACACCGGUUCGUCUGCGUCGCAAGCCCAGGAAAAGAUCAAGCUACAAGAAACUCUACGUAACCUUGUCGAAAUAUUGAGCAAAAAUGAUACGGAUCUUCAACUCCUAUCUUGCCCGUUGCCGUCCUCCCCAGCGAAGCCCCGUUCAAAGCGCGCGAAAGUUUCGGGGGAGAAAGAUGAACCUACCACUAUCCAAUCCCGAGUCGCUUCGAAUCGCUAUAACACUCUGUCAGAAUUUCUAAGUGAUAUCGAGAAGGCAUCGGCUGCGGUGAUUGAGAGGAAUAAAGCCCAAGCAAGCGGGCUCCAGGCGGACGGAUCGCCUGUGACCGAAACAGUUAAUCGUAUAGCGGCAUUCAAGAAGCUCUUGAACAGCCUAGUUCGUCAGGCAUACGUAAGCCCAUCGAACAUCAAAGCAGAAGCAUCCGAAGAGGAUGCAGAAACACCGGCGAAAACCAACACCUCUAAUGUAGAGGCCCGGAAUGAAAAUCUUGUCUUGACGCUGUUUGGCAACCCAUCUAAUCCAAAGCAGCUAUAUUCGAGUCUACAGAAGUCUGUUAGGGUUCCAUUGCCUUCUGACGACCCAAAGGCAGAGAAGUAUGUGGAAGUACAAGCGCCACUACGUGAAGUCGGCUUACCAAACGGUAUUACGACGACGAAAAUCGAGCCGUACAAUCUCGAGGAUAAGUCAAUGGAGGCUAAACGGACUUUUGGGGAAGUGUUUGCGCCUCGUUCGACCUUGCCUCAGCUAGAAACACCACGCAAAGCAAGGUCUUCCUCUCGGAAUGCUCUUAACGGCUGGAUCGACCCAUUUGAGGUCAUCACAGACUUCAAAGCUUUCCGAGGAGAGCGGAAUAAUUACUGUCUUGCAGUUCUACCUUCUGGUCAAUGGCUCCAGUAUGGUGGAGUCACCUCUUCCCCAUCUUAUUGGAACCGCCGCGAUAAACAACAGCCCUCUCAACAUCUUAGUGACGAGGAGUUUACCGAUGACACUUCUUUGUGGGUUGAUGGAGACUCAGAUGUGUUGCAGGGUGUGUAUUCAUCGUUUGCUCCUUCAUUCGACAGUUCCGGAGCCAUUGUCCAGGCCGACUCGAAGGAUUUGGUAUGGUGGAGCAAACGAGGAGCAAAACGCUUGGAAACUCUGCUCUCAAUACCCUAUCAAGAAACGGUUGAGGAGCAACCGUCAGAACGGCCAGGCAACAUCGGUGAACUAGAUGAAAGUACUUUGGAGGAGAUGGUAAAGAACUUCAAGCCUGAGGACUUCGCAGAUAGUAUCUCUCAUUCCGAAACCUCUAAAGCACACCAGGAAGAAGAUGCGGAGUCACAGGGUGUGGAUGAGCUAUUACGUGACGUCUCUGAUCUACUGGAAACUCUGAGUUCGUAUCAGAGAAUCCGCAAUCUCGAUACCCCAGUCUCGAACGGCCAAGGUACCGAGCCUAAGGAAACAAGACCAGACUCAAGAAACCCCGAAACCCCUUCUACAGAAGAACUAGGCAUAUAUGAGACACUAAGAUCCAGUCUGGCAGCUCUUGUUUCCAGUCUGCCACCAUAUGCUGUCGCAAAAUUAAACGGGAACCAGCUAGACGAGUUGAAUAUAAGCCAGAAAAUCGUGAUCGAGAACCCGGACUAUCACGGUACCAUGGAGAAGGAUGAUUUCACAGCGCAGCAGGAGCGGAGCGCAGCCAUGGCCCCAAUGAGCAGUGCCACAAAUCGAACUUCAACGCCGUCGCGAUACAAUGCGCGGCCAUAUAGUACUAGCUCUCGGGCCCAACCACAAAGCGGCUUCCCUCAACAGCCAUACUAUGGCGCAAGGCAGCCCUCGACCUCGGGGCCGUAUACCCCAGGCCAUCCACAACAAUAUGCAGGAGCUCGACCGCCGACAACUCCUUCGCAGCGGCCCGGGUAUCUUCCCGGAUACUCGCAGCCCACCCCUCAGUACAGCCAGCAGUUCCAACGUCCGGGACAAAAUGGCUAUGCUUCUUACUCGACCCAGCAAGCGCCAGUCGCCCAAGCUUCGCCACAGCCAUACACGCCACGACCCGCGCAGCCAGGAGCAUACAAUGCCUCUUACGCAGCUGGGCGCAGUGCUUCUCCCCAAAAGCAAGCAUCAUAUGCAGCACCAAGGACGCCAUACGCGACACCGGGCUCUAAUAACCCGCAGCAACGGUUCAUUCCGCAACCGCCGCAACCGCAACCACAGCCUCAACCACAGCCUCAACCGCAGCCUCAACCGCAGCCUCAACCGCAGCAACAGCCUCCCCCGUACGGCAACUAUCCUUCUAACCAAGCUCCUCCGCCAUCGGGGACAUACUCCAACUCAGCAGCUGCCAUGACUUAUGCGCGGAGUGCUGCUGAACAAGCCGCGUUGAUGGAAAGAAACCGAACCCAACUUGCAGCUCAGGCGCGACAGAGUUCGACACCACAACCCACAAACGAAGGUAGCUCUCAGGAUCGGAGUGUAACGCCCGGUAACAACCAGAACAGCAAUCCAGUCCCUUCAUGA